AUGAGGAGCAGCCAGCAGAUGAACACAGAAGUGCAGGUGAAAACUGAGCCAUUGGACAUUCCAGAGGACAGUGGUCAGCCGAGUGUGGCCAAACGGGAUGAAGAAGGGGGAAUCGAAGAAACAGGGGUAAAUGAUGGCCUCCCCCAUCAAGAGGCCAUGGCUAGAGUCAGCAACACCAUUGCAGAACUCAUCGAAGCAGACCCGUUGCUGAAGGAUCUGCCAGCUGGGGUGACAUUAGAAGAGGUUACGGCCAUUGCAGUGGAGUACGGCCAGGCCAUGGUGGUGGAUGUGAUGCGGGCAGAUGGGGAAGUACUCAAGAUAGUGGUGGUGCAGGACGCCAGUGUCCUGGAUCUGAAACAUGCUAUCAGAAGACAUGUCGCUUUACGUCAGUCCAGAAGAGGAGGGACAACCCACAUCAGCUGGAGAUACAUCUGGAGGAGCUACUGGCUUUACUUUGAUGGGCAGAAACUCAGUGAUGACAGGAGGACUCUGAAGUCCUACGGAAUUCGAAAUCGCGAUGAGAUCAUGUUCCUCCAGAAACUCAGGAAAUCAUGAAGAUAAAGAUCUAAUGCAUGCUGGAUUUAGAACAAGAAGAAACAAUCAAUGCGAUUGUGGAAAAGCGAAUCAUCCUGGUGGUUCUUGAAAAUGUGACUCAUCCUGGUGGCUCUGGAAAUGACAAUCAUCUUGGUGGA